CGAGCCAUGGAUACUGCAAUUCGAACAUGCAUAUCCCAGACAACCUCAAUGCUACAGUGGCACUGAACCAAGAAUUACAACAGAAACAGGAAGUGCUUGAUAACAGACCACUAUCUGAUAGUCAGAGAGGAAAUACAGUAGACAUUAAUGACAACAACAUAGAUACAGGCCCACUUACCCAGGAUACCAUAUCGUGUUCUCCGACUCCACUCCCUUCCUCAACAUCUCCUGAUUCCUCCUCCUCCCCUCUACCUUGUGUCUCACCAGAGCCAGAGGAUGAUCUUUCCACACCUGUGCAAGAAUCCCAACCUGUCCCCUCAGCCCAGCAACAGUCUUCAUUGUGCCACACCACUCCUACCCUUUGCUCUACGUCCCCCACAACACAACAAGCCCCUGAUUCUCAAUCUCUCCCUAACAACAACCUCCAAGAGGUUACUGUUGUUCUUUCUACAUCAGCUUCAUCUGCCACAAGUGUCUCUUCACCCUCAUUCUCUACUGCCAUGCCGUUAGGCCUGUCCCAGCCUACCCAGGAAUCAUCUUCUUGUGGGUCAGGGACUCAAGAUUCAGCAUGUGUUCCAGACUCUAUUUCUUGUCCCCAGUCUCAAUCCCAUUCACAGCCUAAUCUCAACAACCAGUCUCACAAACAAAUCAAGCAAGGUUCCACAUGGAGCACACAAGACAGGUGCAGGGGUCCCAGUUUGGCUGAGGAGGAGACAGACAGUGAGGAUGAUGGUGGACUGCCUCAACGUGGUCGCAGAUCCCAGCCCAGAGGAGUUGCAGGAAACAGAAAUGGAUCGUUAAAGAAUGAAUCCGGCCCAUCCAAUCAACGGGAAAUACUACCUUUCUCUGCCCACCAAAUAACGGACAAACAGUCAGGCUGUCCAGUCAACCACAGCCACAAGGUUUCCGAAGAGAUCGACCUAUCUUUCAAAAACAAUUGUUCCAUACUGGCUUCCUGUAAUGAGUCUGAGAGUGAGGGAUCAGUGCCUGAGCUAGAGGAGCCAGAGCCACUGAGACCAUCAGAGCCCCAGUCCCUCUCCUCUGCAGACGAAGGGCUGAACAGACCGAAACAGAGCCGCAGUGAGAAGAAGGCCCGCAAGGCCAUGUCUAAACUGGGUCUAAAGCCGGUCCAUGGUGUGACCAGAAUCACUAUCAGGAAGUCCAAGAGUAUCUUGUUUGUCAUCAGCAGACCAGAUGUAUUCAAAAGCCCUGCAUCAGACAUUUACAUUGUAUUUGGAGAGGCAAAGAUUGAGGACCUAUCUCAGCAGGCUCACAAAGCAGCCGCAGAGAAAUUCAAGGUGCCUGUGACCUCUUCUCCCUUGACCCCACCUGUCCCACCCAGCCUCACCAUCAAGGAAGAGAGCGAAGAGGAGGAAGAGGAGGUGGAUGAGGGAGGUCUUGAGCAGAGAGACAUUGAGCUGGUGAUGGCUCAGGCCAAUGUGUCACGAGCCAAGGCUGUCCGUGCACUGAAACACAACAAGAAUGACAUUGUGAAUGCUAUCAUGGAGCUGACCAUGUGAGCAGAGGACAAGUUGAAUCCUGACCCCCUUCUUCCAGCCUAUAAAGCCUAAACGCCACUGACUCUUCUGUAUCGCUGCUACUGUAUGUUGCAUCCCCAGUAUCUGCUAAAUAAAGUCUGUUCUG